AUGUCCUCGUCAGACGAAGAUGCAGUUCGGCGUCCUGGCCGUGGUGCCGGUCGCCAGAGUCCGUCUGGGAGCGAACGUAGCAAUACUCCAGCGGAAAGGAACCAGAGUCCUGUCGGAUCGGAUGCAGGCAACAUGAAUGUGGACGACGAUGCGGAUCUCUUUGGAUCAGAUGGAUCGGAUGGUGGUCUAGAAAAUCUCGAUCAACAUCAUCGAACACUCGACGACGAACAACUCGAUUCGGGAGAUGACGAGGGCCGCGAUGAUCGAAGGGGAGAUCGCAUGGACUAUGAGGAUGGCGGGGAAGGUGAAUUCCCAGAGACGGUGAACAUAAUGGACUUGAGCCUAGGCCGGGCGCCAGAGCCAGCAACUACAAAUGGAGAGGUCUACACUAUGCCGGUUCCGAAUUUCCUGUCUGUCGAAACCGAGGAGUUCAACCCCGAGACCUAUGUUGCUCCCCCGUACGCUACCGCCGCAACGUCUUUGUGCUGGCGUCACGACCCUAAUGACUCCUCCCUCCUCCAGUCGAAUGCUCGAGUUAUUCGCUGGGAAGAUGGCUCCAUGACACUCCAGCUGGCCUCGGCGCCUAAAGAGCAAUAUAGGAUAUCGACGAAACCGCUUGCUCCUCUCAACAAGUCCGGAGAAUACGACACAAAAUUGGAUUCGCAUGUUUAUCUAGGAGCAGCCGCGGAAACUUCUUCUGUAUUCAGAUUGACUUCACAUGUGACCCACGGUCUCACUGUCCUUCCCACCACCGUGGAAACUGAUGAUGCUGUUCAACGUCUUCAAGAAUCCCUGGCUGCAGCCACUCGUGGUACUAAGAAGACGGUGGAUGGAUCAGCACCCGUCAUUGAAGUCAAGGAGGAUCCAGAACUUGCAAAGAGGCAGGCUGAGCUAGCCGAGCGCGAGAAGUUGAAGGCAGCUCGCCGCCGCCAGCAACUCGCAGACCGUGAGCUUGACCGCGGCCGCCGGGUUGGUGUCAGCCGCACAGGAGGAGCUGGUCUUACCGUAGGCGGCUUGGAAGAUGAUGAUGGACUGCUCACGACUAGACCCCGCGCGAAGAAGCCACGCAGACCCAAUCGCCGCGGUGAAAUCCACACUGAUGACGAGGAAGAUUACGACCGCCGUGGUCGGACCCGGGAGGAUGAAUACGAUGAGGACGACGAUUUUCUCGUUGGUAGUGAUGAAGAGCCCGAAGAAGUUGCCGAUGAUGACGACGAGGACAUAUUGGAGGGAGACGAUGACAUGGAUGCCGAAGGCGAGGAAGAAGAAGAGGCUAGGCCGACCAAAUCAAGACCUGAAAAGAAGGGUUCUGAGUCCGAAGCGGCUGGGGGUGGAACGCCCCCUGCGAGGAAGAAGAAUCGCUACAUUGUGGACGACGACGAUGACGAGUAA